UCGGUGCAAUGGCCAGAGCCGACUCCCGUGUCCGGGCCCCACCCGGACGCUGAGCGCCUCCGACUGCCGAGCGCGCCGGCGCCGGGCCAUGUACUCGGGGAACCGCAGCGGCAGCCAGGGCUCCUGGGAGGGCGACGGGCCUGCGGGCGCCGAGGGGUCGGCGCCAGAGGGGACGCUGAGCCCCACACCGCUCUUCAGUCCCGGCACUUAUGAGCGCCUGGCUCUGCUGUUUGGCUCCGUGGGGCUGCUGGGCGCUGGCAGCAACCUGCUGGUGCUCGUCCUCUACUACAAGUUCCAGCGGCUCCGCACACCCACUCACCUCUUCCUAGUCAACAUCAGCCUCGGCGACCUGCUGAUGUCCCUCUUCGGGGUCACCUUUACCUUCGUGUCCUGCCUAAGGAACCGCUGGGUGUGGGACACCGUGGGCUGCGUGUGGGACGGGUUCAGCAGCAGCCUCUUCGGCAUUGUUUCCAUUACCACCCUAACUGUGCUGGCCUAUGAACGUUAYAUUCGUGUGGUCCAUGCCAGAGUGAUCAAUUUUUCCUGGGCCUGGAGGGCCAUUACCUACAUCUGGCUGUACUCAUUGGCAUGGGCAGGAGCACCUCUUCUGGGCUGGAACAGAUACAUCCUAGACGUCCAUGGACUAGGCUGCACUGUGGAGUGGAAAUCCAAAGAUGCCAACGAUUCCUCCUUUGUGCUUUUCUUAUUUCUUGGCUGCUUGGUGGUGCCUGUGGGUGUCAUAGCCCACUGCUAUGGCCAUAUUCUAUAUUCCAUUCGAAUGCUUCGCUGUGUUGAAGAUCUUCAGACAAUUCAGGUGAUCAAGAUUUUAAGAUAUGAAAAGAAAUUGGCCAAAAUGUGCUUCGUGAUGGUAUUUACCUUCCUGAUCUGCUGGAUGCCUUAUAUUGUGGUCUGUUUCUUAGUGGCUAAUGGUUAUGGACAACGGGUCACUCCAACAGUAUCUAUUGUUUCUAAUCUCUUUGCUAAAUCCAGCACUGUWUACAAUCCAGUUAUUUAUAUCUUCAUGAUCAGAAAGUUUAGAAGAUCCCUUUUGCAGCUCCUAUGUUCCCGACUGCUGAGGUGCCAGCAGCCCGCUAAAGACCUACCAGCAGUUGGAAAUGAAAUGCAGAUCAGACCCAUUGUGAUAUCACAGAAAGAUGGGGAAAGGCCAAAGAAGAAAGUGACUUUUAAUUCUUCUUCCAUUGUUUUUAUCAUCACCAGUGACGAAUCUCUAUCAGUUGAUGACAGUAAUAGAACCAGUGGGUCCAAAGCCGAUGUAAUCCAAGUUCGUCCUUUAUAGAAAUGAAAGAUGGAGCCUUAGAUGGGACAGCACAUUUGGACUUAUAAGGAUUGUUCUGGAAUUCCCAUUCUAUGUAAUAUCAACAGAAUUUCUGUGACACAGCAGGAAAUCUGAGUUGCCCAUAUGUUCUCUGUCCUCAACAAGCAAGACAAAUUCUUUUAAUUCAAUGGGUGCUUUACAUAAUGAAAAAACGUUUGUGGCACAAGAUGGACAUCUGGCAUCAUCAUCUUCUAAUGUGUUGAGAAUUUUCAUUUCAAAUGUAUUUUUAAAUGACUAUAUUUGCCAAAGCACACUGUAAAAGUAAAUUUUGUCUCAUACAUAUGUAUGAAAUAGCUAGACCUUCUUGAAUUCUCUGUAGUGUUGGGUCCUAUUCAGUCAUGUCAUAUGAUCAAAUUAAAUUAUCAAGGGAAUAAUUCUAGGAUGAAAAUCAAUCUGAAACAAACAAACUGCUGUUACACAUGUAGUAUGGCACUAACAUGUUGCCAUAGUAAGUGCCAGAAGAUACAACUAGGAAGCAUCAUAGCAAAGAGAAUAAGAUGACUUCAAGGUAAUCAUGGUGUGGGGUUAAUAUGCACUAGUAGGAAACACACAUGGUGGAGAUGAUGUUGAUGGCAGAGAAGUAUCUCCAUAUAUUUCAUUUCAAGUGUGAGCAUGGCAGAAUUAUCAUUUCCUUUUAAUUCUUUCCCAUAAUUUGCCAAGAGAUCUGUAUUUAGAAAAGGAGUUCCAAGUAAGCAAACAACUUACAUUUGAAUAAGGAUGAAAAUAAGUGUUUAAGUGUAUUCAUAAAAUGUAUUAUUUAAUAAUCAUUGCCCAUCAAUUAUUCCACUGAAUAACUGAUGGUCAAUGUUAGUGAAGGGGCCAUUUUUCCAUGGGUCAUUGUUUAGACUUGUAGGAUACCAGAAUAUGCUACUCUUGGGUAGCAUAUGUCCAUUUUGCAUAAGCAUUACUUUGAUCUGAAGACAGUUGAGAAGAAGUGAUAUAAGGAAAGCUCUUUGGAGCCAGGUGUGGUACCUGUA